AUUUUAUUUUAUUUUAUUUCUCUUCUAUUUAUAUUUGGGCGCGCUCUCUCUCUCUCUCCCUCCCUCCCUCCCUUAUGAGUCUCUAGAACUAGUUUCACUGAAGGUUUUCCGGAGGAAUUUAGCCAGCCAUGGCCACCAAAGGCGGUAUCAGUCUCGAGGAGAUAAAAAACGAGUCUGUUGAUCUGGAACGGAUUCCUAUAGAGGAAGUGUUUGAGCAGCUGAAAUGUUCCAGGGAAGGUCUUUCCUCAGAGGAAGGAACCAACAGGCUUCAAGUUUUCGGACCAAACAAAUUGGAAGAGAAAAAGGAGAGCAAAAUUCUCAAGUUUUUGGGCUUUAUGUGGAAUCCAUUGUCAUGGGUCAUGGAAGCUGCUGCUAUAAUGGCUAUUGCUUUGGCAAAUGGUGAUGGAAGACCUCCAGAUUGGCAGGACUUCGUGGGUAUUGUUGCCUUGUUGCUGAUCAACUCCACAAUUAGUUUUAUCGAAGAAAACAAUGCUGGAAAUGCAGCAGCAGCCCUCAUGGCUGGUCUUGCUCCAAAGACUAAGGUUCUCAGAGAUGGUAGAUGGACUGAGCAAGAAGCUGCAAUUUUGGUUCCAGGAGACAUUAUCAGCAUUAAGUUGGGAGAUAUUAUCCCUGCUGAUGCGCGUCUUCUUGAAGGCGAUCCCUUGAAGGUUGAUCAAUCUGCUCUUACUGGGGAGUCACUACCCGUUACAAAGAACCCUUCAGAUGAAGUGUUUUCUGGCUCAACAUGUAAACAGGGUGAAAUUGAAGCAGUAGUAAUUGCCACCGGUGUGCACACAUUUUUUGGUAAAGCUGCCCAUCUAGUGGACAGCACCAACCAAGUUGGUCAUUUCCAAAAAGUUCUAACUGCCAUUGGUAACUUCUGUAUUUGCUCAAUCGCUGUUGGAAUAAUUAUUGAACUUAUAGUCAUGUACCCAAUACAGCAUCGCAAGUACAGAGAUGGAAUUGACAACUUAUUGGUUCUUUUGAUUGGAGGAAUUCCCAUAGCUAUGCCAACUGUUUUGUCUGUCACCAUGGCCAUUGGUUCGCACAGGCUCUCUCAGCAGGGGGCAAUUACCAAGAGAAUGACUGCCAUUGAGGAAAUGGCAGGCAUGGAUGUUCUUUGCAGUGACAAGACUGGAACUCUAACCCUGAACAAGCUGACUGUUGACAGGACCCUCAUUGAAGUGUUUGUGAAGGGUGUGGAUAAAGAGUAUGUAAUCCUUCUUGCAGCUAGAGCUUCAAGAACUGAAAAUCAAGAUGCUAUUGAUGCUGCAAUUGUAGGAAUGCUGGCAGACCCAAAGGAGGCACGAGCUGGUAUUAGAGAGCUUCAUUUCCUUCCAUUCAACCCUGUGGACAAGAGGACUGCCUUGACCUAUAUAGAUUCUGAUGGAAACUGGCACCGAGCUAGCAAGGGUGCUCCUGAGCAGAUUCUAACACUGUGCAAUAGCAAGGAGGAUGUCAAGAAGAAAGUUCAUGCUGUGAUUGAUAAGUUUGCUGAACGUGGACUUCGAUCUUUAGCUGUUGCAAGACAGGAAGUACCUGAGAGAUCAAAAGAAAGUCCUGGUGGCCCAUGGCAACUUGUUGGUUUGUUGCCUUUGUUUGAUCCUCCCAGGCAUGACAGUGCUGAGACUAUCAGAAGAGCUCUUAACCUUGGCGUGAAUGUUAAAAUGAUUACUGGGGAUCAGCUUGCCAUUGCUAAAGAAACUGGUCGGAGGCUUGGAAUGGGAACAAACAUGUAUCCAUCUUCUUCAUUGCUUGGCCAAGACAAAGAUGCUUCCAUCGCAACCCUCCCUGUAGAUGAGUUGAUUGAAAAGGCUGAUGGAUUUGCUGGAGUUUUUCCAGAACACAAGUACGAAAUUGUUAAGAGGCUGCAGGAGAGGAAGCACAUUUGUGGUAUGACAGGAGAUGGCGUUAACGAUGCCCCUGCUUUGAAGAAGGCAGAUAUUGGAAUUGCUGUUGCUGAUGCUACUGAUGCUGCCAGAGGUGCUUCAGACAUUGUCCUUACUGAACCUGGGCUUAGUGUAAUUAUAAGUGCAGUGCUGACCAGCAGGGCCAUAUUCCAAAGAAUGAAGAACUACACGAUAUAUGCAGUCUCAAUUACCAUCCGUAUAGUGUUUGGCUUCCUGUUUAUCGCCUUGAUAUGGAAGUUUGACUUUUCUCCAUUCAUGGUUUUAAUCAUUGCCAUCCUAAACGACGGAACAAUCAUGACAAUUUCAAAGGAUCGAGUGAAACCAUCUCCGCAGCCAGACAGCUGGAAACUUAAAGAGAUUUUUAGUACUGGUGUUGUUCUUGGAGGUUAUCUGGCACUAAUGACUGUGAUAUUUUUCUGGGCAAUGGAAGAGACUGACUUCUUUUCCGACAAGUUUGGUGUAAGAUCAUUGCAUAAUAGUGAAGGUGAAAUGAUGGCAGCUCUAUACCUACAAGUCAGUAUUGUGAGCCAGGCCCUUAUUUUUGUCACAAGGUCUCGCAGCUGGUCCUUUGUUGAACGUCCUGGACUUCUUCUAAUCGGUGCAUUCAUAGCUGCUCAACUGAUAGCAACAGUGAUAGCAGUUUAUGCAAACUGGGGGUUUGCUCGUAUAGAGGGAUGUGGUUGGGGAUGGGCUGGUGUAAUCUGGCUUUACAGUGUGGUUACUUAUGUGCCACUUGAUCUGCUGAAAUUCGCCAUACGCUACAUUCUGAGCGGCAAGGCUUGGGAUAAUCUUUUGGAGAACAAGACUGCCUUUACUACAAAGAAAGACUAUGGAAAAGAAGAGAGAGAAGCACAGUGGGCUACAGCACAGAGGACUCUUCAUGGCCUCCAACCACCUGAAACUACUAACUUCUUUGCUGACAAGAAUAGUUACAGGGAGCUUUCAGAGAUCGCAGAGCAAGCCAAGCGGCGGGCUGAGGUGGCAAGGCUGAGGGAGCUUCAUACCCUCAAGGGACACGUGGAGUCGGUGGUGAAGCUGAAAGGACUUGACAUCGACACGAUUCAACAACAUUACACAGUUUGAAGAGUUGGAAUUCUCGAGAGAACCAAUCUUCUCCGAGAGAGCGCCCCUCCCCCCAACCCCCAAAAAAAAACAGAGAAAAAAAAAGGAACAUAUGAUGACGAAGAAAGGCCUAAAGGAAAAUUUUCAUUUUCAUUUGAUUAUGAUGAUAUUGCUCUUGCUAUAAUUUGUGGUACUUUUAUUUUUGUUACUCAUCGUCCACUUUUGUGGCCAGAGGAGAGGAUUUCUCUCCUUGGAAGUCAGUAGUAUCACCUUGAAAUUUUCUCC